AGACGAGUCACACUGAAAAGACAGGCCAACGAAAACAAGGAAGUACCAAGGAAGCGAGCAGGAACUUGAAUUAGUCGCGAUAAAACACAGUGACUUUGGUUUAAUACUCACUGUUUUCGAUUAAUUUUUUUUCAUCAAAGUACAAUGAACAACAAAGGUCCAUAUCCACAGCAAGCUGUGUAUCCGCAACAGAGCACAGCACCCAUAUACCCUCCUACUAUGCAAGUGCCUCCACCUCCCCAGGCACCCCCCUACUCAGAUGCCCCUCCUGCCUAUUCUGAGAUCUACCAGCCAAGGUAUAUGCACCCACCCCAGGCCCCCGGUCAGCUACCUCCAAUGACCACUGCAUACCCUGCCACUCAGAUGUAUGUGCCCAUGCCACAGACUGUACCGGUAGGUGCAAUGGCUCCUAAUGUUCCAAUGGCUUACUACCCCAUGGGACCUGUGUAUCCUCCAGGCUCCACAGUCUUAGUGGAGGGUGGAUUUGAUGCUGGAGCUCGAUUUGGCCCUGGUGCCACUGCUUCCAUCCCUCCCCCUCCUCCUGGACAUGCCCCAAAUGCAGCGCAGCUGGCAGCCAUGCAGGGUGCGAAUGUGAUUAUGACACAACGCAAAAACAACUUCUUCAUGGGUGGCUCUGGAGGGGGGUACACUAUCUGGUAACAGUGAGAAGGACCUUCUUGGGCCUUGGUCUCCAUCUUCUCUGGUUCCCUCUCCCUUGGGGCAGCUUGGCUAUGCCAUGAUACUGAUAAAACCUACCGGAAUGUAAUGUUUUAGAGUCCCUAAUAAUGGUACAGUACUCCACUGUUGAUAUAAUUUUCAUUCAUUCAAAAAAAACUAAGUAUUGCAGACAAACUGUGAUGCUUAUAAAGCAUGCUGUGUUUCUAGAGAAAGCACUUUUCGCACAAUUCAUUGUUCAUUCAUUGUUGUUCUUGAUGCCUUUCUCUUUGAUUUUGAACUUAAUUUUUAGUCUACUUCCAUGUUUUUUUAUGUUAGAUCAAGGAUAUUUUUUCAGUGUUUGUCAAACUGAUUUUUUCCCCCAUCCUGCAACAAAUUGUGAGACAGAUUUCUACUACCUUUCUGAUCUGUCCUAUCAGAUGUGCUUUCAUAAAAGUAGCUAUGCACUACCCAGUCAGCAGUUUAAUUACACUUUUUAUCUAUUAAAAUGGCUUCCAGUAAUGUAUUAUUUGUGUAAGUUACACAACAUUAGAUGUAGUCUCCUCUUCUGAGGUUAAAUUGUGCUUCACAUAGUAGAAAUAUGUUUACAAACUCUUAUCACAGCUGAGUACUGUACCUUUUAGGCAAGAGUAGAUAAACAUAAUCAGGUGCCAGAUUAUACUGAGCACUGUUAAUUUAACAAACAUUUGCAGAUAAAAACAAUGCAGUACAAAAAAGAAAACCUUCAUUUUUGGUUCAGAAAGUUGGUUGGCUUUUUUAAUUCUUAACCCCCCAAUCAUGUCGGAUACCCAGAGCUGUACAUAAUGCACUGUUUAAUUUUAGUUUAGUGAAAUGUCAGACUGUUUCCUUUUCACAAUAGUGUGUGCUUAUCGCACAAUUUUCUUUAGCAUUGUCCUCAACGUUAGAAUUAUUUAGAGAUCAGGGCUUAAUCAAGACAUUUUGUUUUCUUUUCAGUACUUCAGCACAUCAAGCAGGUUUUCUUUUUCCUAGUCAACAUUUAAAUGUAUAACCAAGGAGCUGGUUGUACCAAAGAUCUGGAUUAGAAUGCACUAAAAGCUUUUGCUGUGACUUGAAAGUCAUCUUCUCUCAAUAAUUCUGCACAUGAUAAAUUAAUAAAAGAUAAACAUAUCAAAAUUAGGGGACGGUGAUUGUUUUGUAGGCUUGAAACACCUGCUAAAGCACACCACUGCUCUGACUGUCUUUUGUAGUAGGGUGUGUUUAAAAAAUUGUAUCUAGCAUAACUGCAUCUUGAUGGUUCUGCAUGCCUUUUGCACUUUUAUUCAAUACUAUUUUGUUUUUAAUAAAGAUUUAUCAUUGUUAAAUUUUUAGAAAUACUACAAAUAUUAAUUUAUGUGCACUGUCAACCAACUCUGAAAUGUUAGACUUUUUGCAACUUGUUUUUUGUACAAAUGCUUUAUAAAUGCAAAUACAGUGUGUCAUUACAUUUUGCUGCGUGGAUAAUUUUUCAAAGGCAUUUCGUAUUCAUAUAUAUUAUUUCUACAGGACAGAAAUUCUAACAUGGUUUUAUCUGCUUUUUGUCUCUACUGCAUUGAUUGUCUUAUUUUUUUUAUGCAGAUUUAAAGCAGAAACAAUGUUUAGUUGCCCAGUCUGCCUCUUACCACUCAUAGUUUUUGGAUAAUUUGAAUAUUUUUUUUACUUUUUUUUUUACUUUAUGCCAUAAGCAAAACAGAUAAAGCUCUAGAAAGAUGCCAGCACUUCACAUCAAUAUUUUUUUUAUUUAAUUUAAUUUUCUUUAUUGGCAUUUGUGUUCUCAUAAGCCUUAUUUUUCUUCAUUUCCCUUACUGAAUAUUCAUCUUACCCAUUACCACUAAACACUAAAAUGCUCUGCAUCAGUAGGGUGAAACUGGAUUUGUUUUCAGAAACAGUUUAACAGCUUGUCUACUGUAAAGUUAUUGAAAUGUGACACUUGUUCAUUCAGCUCCUUCUUCAUGAAGGCCAGUUAAUUGGUCCCCCAUUUUUGUACAGUAAACACUGUCUUUCAGUUCAACCGCUGUGUUAAUGUGCUUUUUUUUUCUUCUUUAAAGUUGCACUUGUAGGGGAAUUUUACAGAUUUUUGUAAAUGUAAUAUGAAUAAAAUCAUUCAGUCUGG